AUGAAUUCAACUCCGUCCGCCCUUGACCUCACGCAAACCUUCCACCAUUCUAGUUCCACCCACACUUACGAGAUUCAGUGGACCUCAUUAGGUGAUCCCAAUUCACCCCCGCUUGUCUUUGUACAUGGUACACCUUGGUCAUCUCGAGUUUGGACGACGUAUGCCCAAACCCUUUGCAAAUACUUUCACGUCUAUCUCUUCGACAAUCCGGGGUUCGGUGAUAGCCCUCUUGGAAGUCCACUACCAGACACAAAGGAUACCAUCAGCACCAAAGUGAGCCUUGAUGCAGAUCUAGCCCGACAGUCGGAAGUGUUUGCCGCGCUUUUUGAAUUUUGGGCACGCACUUGGCAGCAAAAGCCUCAUGUUAUUGCUCAUGAUCAUGGAGGCCUGAUGUGUCUCCGGGCACAUAUAAUUCACCACUGUGAUUAUGCAAGUCUAUGCUUGAUAAAUGUCGUCGCAAUAGGUCCGUUUGGUCAGCCUCUAUUCAAGCUGAUCGCUGAAAAUGAGGUCGUCUUCAAUGCGUUGACAGGUCCAGUAUUCGAGGGUGUGGUCGAGUCAUACAUUCGGGAUGCGGCAUAUAGAGAAAUUGGAAAGGACACCAUGGAGAUGCUGAAGAGGCCAUGGCUUUUGAAUGCAGAUGGUAGAAAGGGCUUUAUUAGGCAGAUGGUGCAGGCCAAUAGCCGUAACACGGAAGAGGUAGAGCAUAUAUACCCCGAGGUGGGGAAAAGAAUGCCGGUGCAAAUCAUAUGGGGGAAAGAAGACAGAUGGAUUCCGAUGGAAACAGCUGCACGACUGAAGGAAAAACUCAAUGCUCGCGAUGUGGUAUUAAUUGAGGAUGCGGGACAUCUUGUUAUGUAUGAUCAAGAAGGGAGGCUGGGGCUGGAGCUGGGGUGGUGGUUGAGUCAUGUCACGGCGAGAAAGACCAUUUGA